AUGGCCACACCGAGCGCUGGACCGGACGAUACGGAUAAUGGAUCCAAGGAGUCAUUCUGGGAACUAGCCAAACAAAUCCAGGCGACACGGAAGCUAAUAAUCACAUCGAGGGCCGAGAUCGAAAAGAGUAAAUCCGAAGGGGCUUACCUCCUGAAGAAAAUUGAAGUCUAUGCAGGGCAUACUCCUGUAACCAAAGAGACAGAACCUGCGAAAGCUCGACGGAAAGCUCGACCGGCCCCAAAGGAACCCAAAUCAACCGGUAUGGGUUGCUACUCGAAAGCGGAAAGGGCUGUUAUCUUGGGGGAAAUAGAAAAGUUCUGUGUCUCUGAGAAGAUCACAAGCAGCCACCUCUGGCUCAAUCUUUCCCAGCCACGAACAGCGUCUCAACUGAUUUCGAAUCUGUCGGCCAAGUUGCCAAUGAGAAAAGAUGAAUCAAUUGUCAAAAAACUGCAGGAGCUGUGCCAGAAUCCAGACGGGGUUGCUGAACGUGCAAUUUGGACCGAAGAAGAAGAUGUGACUCUGAUCAAGGCUCUCAACCAGGAACGUUUUGUCUUGAUGGAUGGUAAACGGGACCACGAGAGGGUGAUCUGGUCUCAAAUUGCAGAGUAUUGCAAAGGAGAGGAUCCUUCUUUCAACAGGAAUGCUUUGCAAUGUCAAAAAAGAUGGCUUCAAGAAAGAAACUUUCAAGGCAAACGUGCGGGCAGCUUUUUGUGGAAAGAUGUCGAAUUCUAUGUUUUCAACGCAACCUACCUCCAAAAAUGCUGGGAUAAACUCUCAACCAGAUACAAAAAAGCCGAUGAAGAUUUCGAAACAUUCUUUCAGCGUACGAUUGAUGAGCAUGCUGACGCAACCAGUGCCCAACUCAACAAGAAAAUCUACGGUGGUGGCCACCAUAACUUUGCCGUCUUGGAUCAUCUCGGGAAAACCACCAAACGGAAGGGAUACAAAGAACCCCCCCGAUACUAG